AUGGCAGCAGUCAGCCUGAAGCGUCUUUGCGAAGAAUUUCUAUUGCCCGAGGAGGAAAGAUACAUCAAUUUGCCUCCGACCGAUUCCUACCCCGACGUAGAACUAGAAGAUCCAGAACUAAAGCGUGGAGUACAGCCUGCUGGCAAGGUCGAUCCUCUCCAAUUGGCAAUUCACAACAUCAACACAUUCAAGAAAAAUCAACCUUUGACCAAACCCCAGGACGAAGCUCUCAAGAAGAUGAAGACCUGGAUUGAAAAAUACACUGCUGCGGAAAUGACAAAGUUGUCCAGCUCUGCAAUGUCAAGGUUUGUUCUGACCUUCAGCAAGGUGUUCUUCCUCAAAGAUAUGCCAACGAAGAAGAUGGUGGUGAAAUUUGAGAAGCUCAAUAGAAAGGGGAAAAUCCUCUACGGCGACUCCAAGCAUUUGGGCAAAGACAAGCAUAGAAUUCGCCUCGACCCUCGGGACCACUCCCGUGCAAAAGGCGUUGCGGAUCACAAAAUUGCCUUGCUUGGGACGCUCUUCCACGAGUGUAAUCACGCAUAA